AGGACCUGUCAACAUGGGCCACAUUCACAUCAAGACUGUAAAGAAGGUGUCCCGGGUCAUCAUCGAGAAGUACUACACGCUCCUGGAUAAUGACUUCCACACCAACAGGUGCGUGUGCGAAGAGAUGGCCAUUAUCCCCAGCAAGAAACUCUGCAACAAGAUAGCCAGCGAUGUCACGCAGCUGAUGAAGAGGAUUCAGAGAGGCCCUGUGAGAGCUAUCUCUAUCAAGUUGCAGGAAGAAGAGAGAGAAAGGAGAGAUAAUUAUGUUCCUGAGGUCUCAGCCCUGGAUCAGGAGAUCACUGAGGUAGAUCCUGACACCAAGGAAAUGCUGAAGCUUCUGGACUUCGGCAGCCUUUCUAACCUGCAGGUCACUCAGCCUACAGCUGGGAUGAAUUUCAAAACACUAUGUGGAGCCAUUUGAAUCUGUUCUGUCAUAUUUUCAAUAAACCUGAAAACAACUUAAAAAAAAAAAAAAGGAAUCUCCAGAAUGAACUUCAAGUGUGAGCAGAGGUCAUGCUCCUUUGAGGCCCUCAUGGAGAACCUCUUUCCAUUUAGGGUGGUGACUAGCAUUCUAGGACUUGGGGCCAUGUCAGUCCCAACUCUGCCUCUGUGGUUAUAGUAUCUACUCCCAUCCCUAUCCCUAUAUCUAACACUCUUCUGAUUUUUAUUGAUAAAGUUUUUAGGGCAGACCCAAAUAUCCAGAAACCCAACUACCAAUUCAAGAUCCUUAACUACCACGUCUACAGUCUCCUUUUAUAGUUAUGACAUAU